AUUUAAAAUUUUCUAUUAAGGUGUUACUGUUCAUGUGUUACAAUAUAUUUCCCUCACAAUAUACACAUGUAUAUAUGUGUGUGUGUGUAUGUGUCAUAUAAUGUUAAUUUUUAUUUAUUUAUUUUUAUUUUUGCUUUUACCACUAUUAUUUAAUAUUAUGAUUUAUUAAUUUAAUGCUAAUAAAGUAAUCAUGUAUGUUGGCAGAUAAAAAAUUUGUCACAAUUUCAGUCACUUAAUUCCUUUGGUGCUGUGAAGUAAUUUGAAUUAAUAUAAGAGGCAAUGGAGUUGAUUCAACCUUUGUACGAUAUUGCAAAAAACAUGUGCACACCCAUUUGUAGACGUGUGGAUUAUGCGAUAAACCUGUCAAAGAAUUUCACAGAGCUGAGCGGGAGAGUAAAAAAAUUAUGCGAUAGAAGGGAUGACAUUAUAUAUAAGAUUGACCUUGUUAAGCUACAAAAGGGUCCCACAAGAGAAUGCAAUGGCUGGCUUGAAAGGGUGGAUGAGAUUGAUAAGAAGGCGAAAGAAGAUGAGCAGCUCAUUGGUAAAAGAUGUUUUAAUGGAUGGUUUCCAGAUGUCAUUUCUCGUGUGAAGCUCGGUAAGCAUGUGGUGGAAAUGAUCGAGCAGGUUAAAGAGCUCCAAGAGGAAUCCAGGUUUGAAGAUGGUUUUGUCAUUGAUUUGCCACCAAAAAUAGUUGAGGAGAGGCCUGCUGAUGCUUUGAUAAUGGGGAAUUCAACUAAUCUCACCUUGCAAAAGAUACGAGAUUCCAUAAGAGACGAGGGUGUCCAAAAGAUUGGAAUUUGGGGCAUGGGUAGGGUGGGAAAGACAACCUUAAUGAAUGUCUUGAAUAAUGAGCCUGAAAUUCAAACUAUGUUUCAUAUUGUAAUAUGGGUAACCGUCUCAAAAUCUUGGAGCAUUAGGAAGAUUCAAGAUGAAGUUGCACUGCGCUUGUCAUUACCGGAUGUAAAGGAUAAACCAGAUUAUAGAGUAUCAAUAAUGUUGUUUGAGAAACUCAAGGGCAAGAAGUAUUUGUUGCUUCUGGAUGAUGUUUGGGAAGAAGUGGAUUUGAGUAGAGUGGGUAUACCAAGUACAAGUCAAGAGAAGGGUUGCAAAAUUGUUCUGACAACCAGAGAUAUUCGAGUUUGUCGAAAAAUGAUUACUGAUAAGGAGAUCAAAGUGGAAGUUUUAGCCCAAAGUGAAGCAAGGAAAUUGUUUAACUCAAAAGCGGGAGGAAUCUCAUUGCUCCCAACCAUCAAGCCGAUUGCUGAAAAAAUCGUCAGUAAGUGUGGUGGCUUACCUCUUGCACUAAAAGUAGCAGGUGGGGUGUUGAGAAUGGUUGAAGAUGUAAGCGUGUGGCGUAAUUUUUUGAACAAGUUGAAUUCACCAGCUAUGUCUUACAUGGAAGAUAUGAAUGAGGAUGUGUUCAAGUCAUUGAAGGUCAGUUACGACGCGUUGAAGGAUGACAGCAUCAAGAAUUGUUUUCUGUAUUGUGGCUUGUAUCCAGAAGACAAAAAGAUUAAAAAAUCUUGGCUGAUCACUUAUUGGAGAGCAGAGGGGUUUCUUUGGAGUAAAGGGACUUUGAAAGAUGCUUAUGAUGAUGGGUGUGCGAAAUUACAUGACCUUAUUGGCGCAUCUCUAUUGGAGAAUUGUGAGGAUGAAAAACAUGUAAAGAUGCAUGAUGUGGUUCGAGAUUUAGUUCUGAUGAUGACUUCUGCAGGAGGAGAGGAGAGCAGGUUCAUGGUGAGAGCUGGACUGCCCAUGUCCGUGCAGGAAAUACCUGAUGAUAAGGAAUGGGAAGAAGCAUGUAGGAUUUCAUUUAUGGAUGCCGAGGGAUACAAAUUACCAGAGAAGCCAAAAUGUCCCAAGCUGUCAACAUUGCUGCUUCAGCCAAAAUGUCCCAAGCUGGCAAUACCUGAAUGUUUCUUCAAUCACAUGCCGAACCUUCGAGUUUUGGAUCUAUCAAGAAGUGGCAUCUCCUCAUUGCCAUCUUCCAUCUCAAAUUUGGUCAACCUUCGAGCAUUGCUUCUGAAUGGAUGCUACCAUUUACAGGCUCUCCCUCAGGAAGUAAGUGUGCUCUAGAGACUUGAGGUGCUCCAUGUGUACAAUAUGCAGUAUCAACCUAGUGAGAUCUGGAAGUUGACCAGCCUUAAAAGGUUGAAAUUUGAAAUUUUGAGAGUCCACAAAGAUGAGAUGGUUCCUUGCAGUGUGACCAUAUCCAG